UAGUGAAUGUGGAGUGUUUUGUGUUGUGUUGUGAGUGAUUGUUGAAUUUAUUGCGAUAUAUCGGUGUCAUGUGGUUAUGUGUGCGUGUCGUUAGAUAACCGUCAACAGUACUGUGAUAGGAUUGUUGAAGCGAUCCAACAGUGUGGAAUGGUUCCGGUGUGCUGGCGAGGUCUUGUUGAUUAGUGCGGUUGAGGCGAGCUCGGCACGAUGGGGAAGCUGUUAUCGAAAAUCUUCGGCAACAAGGAGAUGAGGAUACUGAUGCUGGGGCUAGACGCAGCUGGAAAGACUACUAUUUUAUAUAAGUUAAAAUUAGGUCAGUCAGUCACAACGAUACCCACGGUGGGUUUCAACGUAGAAACCGUAACGUAUAAAAACGUCAAAUUCAACGUCUGGGACGUCGGGGGGCAGGACAAAAUACGACCGCUUUGGAGGCAUUACUACACAGGCACUCAAGGUCUUAUAUUCGUAGUGGACUGCGCCGACCGGGAUCGCAUCGACGAGGCGCGCCAGGAGCUCCACAGAAUCAUCAACGACAGAGAAAUGCGCGACGCGAUCAUACUCAUAUUUGCCAACAAGCAAGACUUGCCUGAAGCAAUGAAACCUCACGAGAUCCAAGAGAAGCUCGGCCUGACCCGCAUCAGGGACCGCAACUGGUACGUGCAGCCGUCAUGCGCGACCACCGGCGACGGGCUCUACGAGGGGCUCACGUGGCUCACCAGCAACCACAAGUUAUGAGCUGCGGAGUAACUCGUGCCACGGUGAGGUUAUCGAUGCCAUUUAAUUUAAGUAAGGUGCGCCCGCGUCGGAUCAACAUUCGCACCGGAUUUGAUGCGGUCAAAAUGUGACAGUGCCACUGUGGCCAGUGCCAGACUAUCGAAUAGCUAGAAACAGUGAACUAACACUGACCUCAACAAUGCAAGUGUGCUGGAUUGGUUACAACCUCACGCGUUCCCAAUUGCACCUUCCGUUAUGUUGAAAGAAGAAACUGUCCAGCAAUUAAACCAUAGUGAUUGGUUUGUGAUAGUUACUCGCAAACUGUUAGUUUUUUGUUUGCAGAAAUGUAGAAUGUGCAAGUAAGAAAAAAAGUAGGGUUUUCUAUUAUUUUCAAUGAAUGACUGCAAAAUAUAUCUUGCAGAAUGUUUCAGUUUAGGGUAAUCGUUUAAUUUGUAUACACGACAGCUUUGUUAUUUUUCUAUUGAGAACCAGUCCAGCGCAUUAGCAUUAUUGAGGUCAGUAGUAAAAGAUUCACUAACGAUGAAUCAAUUAUUCCAUUAUUUAAACAAAUUAGCCGUUUGUUGUAUGUAUCGAAAUAUUUCAUUAUUUUUUUAUGUUAUUUAAAAUGAAUGAUUACAUAGAGUAAAUGAUUUUUUAUUAUUAUUAUGGUUAAUUUAAUGUUUACCUCCAUUUUGUAUAGUAAUAGGCGUUCGGAGUUUAUAAAUCAAUUUAUUUGUAAAGUUCUAAAUGUUGAAUCGCGUUUGUCAUAGUAAAUUUAUAUAAUUUUAAAAUUUUAUUAAAAACAAUUAUACCGUAUAUUCAUAUUUUUAUUAUAAAUAGAGAUUAUUCCUUUGUACAAAAAUACCAUUAUGAUAAAAAAGGAAGUGUUCACAUAAAAUUUUCUUUGUUAAAUUUCUAUCGUUAACAAAAUAGGUAGGUACUGUGCAAAGUUCAAUAUUUCCAUAGUUUCGAAAUGACAUCCGACAUUAGGAAUUUUUUUUAACAAAUUAUCAGGUAUUUAUAUCCUUCUAUGUUUUUCUGUUGAAUUAAAAAACAAAACCAUAGACCAGCGUUAGAUUCCUCAUUUAGAACUCGUUUAUAAAGAAAAUAUAAAAUCGAAGUGAUCAAAAAAUAACGUCAGGUACUUUUUUGUAUAGAUGUAUGGUACCUGACGUUUCGUCUUAGGGCUUCUACACACUGGGCGUCUUCCGAGCGUCGUCGUCACACACCGUUGCG